UCCGUCAGUCUGCUGCAAUGGCUGGAUCGACUGUUAGCACGGCAGUAAGCCUAAAGAUGGCAGGGGUGUUUGAGGUGGAGGUUGACGGAGUUGAACACGAUCAUGGACACGGACAUCGCAUGGACGGCAAGAUUGAUUUGUCCAGGCUCUCACCAGAGGAGAAGUGGAGGUUGGACCAUGCUAAAUUGCAUGCCAAACACAAGGGGCAUGAAGCCAUGCAUGCAGAGAUGAUUCUCAUUCUCAUCGUCACACUCGUCGUUGCGCAGCUCGCCCUGGUUCAGUGGAAACAGAGACACCCGAAAUCAUACAACAUGGUGACGCUCUUCCAGAUGUGGGUGAUUCCUCUGUACUUCACCACUAAACUUCACUGGUGGAGGUUUAUGGUGGUGUGGUUCAUCUUCUCUAUUAUCACGGCCUUUGUCACUUUUCGUGCCACCCGCAAACCACUGGACUGCACCACUCCGAGGCUGGUUUAUAAAUGGUUCCUCCUCUUUUAUAAGAUUAACUACAGCACAGGCAUUGUGGGAUAUAUUAUAGUCAUGUUAACCCUCUUCGGCAUCAAUCUCCUAUUUGGGAUAAAGGCAGACGAUUGCAUGGACCUUGGCGUUUCACUUCUCUUCUACGGCCUGUACUUUGGUGUACUCGGUCGAGAUUUUGCAGAGAUAUGCGCAGAUGUUAUGGCAUCUACAAUUGGGUAUUACACUGAGUCCGGGAUGCCCACGAAGCACCUUUCAGACAGUAUCUGCGCCGUCUGCGGUCAGACCACCCUCGUGGAUGCGAGCGAAGAGGGAAUCAUUGAAAACACCUACAGACUGACUUGCAACCAUGUAUUCCACGAGUUUUGCAUACGUGGCUGGUGUAUUGUGGGUAAGAAGCAGACAUGUCCAUACUGCAAGGAAAAAGUCGACCUUAAAAGGAUGUUCAGGAACCCAUGGGAGCGUCCGCAUAUGAUGUACGGGCAGCUGCUGGACUGGCUGCGGUAUCUGGUGGCCUGGCAGCCCAUUAUCAUUGGACUGGUACAACUCAUCAAUUACAUCCUGGGUUUGGAGUAACAGAAGCAGAUUAGAGGGACUAUCCUGCUAGAGUGGGUCUGCGGCGAUUACAUCUCUCUGCUUUCACCAACACAGGGAUUUAUUAUUAUUAUUGCUUUCUUCAAGGACUGUCCUAAUGUGUUAAUAAUACUGUGCUAAUGUGUCUUCAAAUGAAAUUCUACUAGCAGUCGGAUGUUGAAUUUUUUUGUUGAUUAAUUCUGUCUGAUAUUUUUUAAGGACUACUUGAAAACUGAACUUCCAUCAUUUCCCACAUGCACAUUGGGUUUUAUAGAAGAAAAUAAAUAAAUCUGUGCUCACCGUGAGGAGCACAAUGGACCAUGUGCUCUUUUAUUGGGUAAUGAAGGCAGUUUAACCUCAGUGUGAUGCACAUGUCGUUUAGAUUAAAUAUGGGAGAGGUUGUUAUCAGGAUAGACGGAUGAUUGGCACACAAUCAAGAUGAUUAACAGUAUAAUGAAAGACGCUGCCAGACUUCAGUCAGAUGCGCUAGGUCUUGUAGUCGAGUUUAAAAGGAAACAGAGAUUUGCAUGUUGUAUUUUUAAAUAAAUUAUUAGGUACACCUGUUUAA